AUGACCAGAAGGAGGAUAUACUGGGUCCCCAGGUCUUCUGGUGGCCUCGUGAAUCUCGGCUUGGAUGUAGAUAACGACACGGUUUCAGGACUUAGCUAUAAAACUUUCGCGGUCGAAGAUGGUUCCUGGCCCCAGCAGGUGGGGGAGACUGAGGCGCCAAGGAUGGGGAAGUAUGAUGCUGCCUGGAGAACCAUGAUUCCCUUCCGCCCGAAGCCAAAGAUUCCUGCGCCCCAGCCCCUGGAUGAUGCCGGCUUGUUCUCCUACCUCACCUUGUCGUGGCUCACCCCACUCAUGAUCCGAGGUUUACGGAAACGCUUAAAUAAGCACAUGAUCCCCCAGCUGUCAGUACAUGAUGCUUCAGCCCAAAAUGCCAAAAGGCUUCGUCUCCUCUGGGAAGAAGAAGUCUCAAGGCAUGGGAUUGACAAAGCGUCAGUGUUUCGAGUGAUGCUGAGAUUCCAAAGAACAAGGGUUAUUUUUGAUAUGGUUCUGAGCUGUUUCUUCUCUGCCACCAGCGUGCUAGGGCCAAUGCUGGUUAUACCAAAGAUCCUGGAAUAUGCCGAAGAGCCGUCAGGGAGUAUUGCCUAUGGAGUGGGACUUUGCUUUGCUCUUUUUUUCACCGAGUGUCUGAAGGCUCUGAGCAUGUGCUCCUGUUGGGUCGUCAAUCAGCGCACCGGCACCAGGUUUCGUACAGCCGUCUCCUCCUUUGCCUUUGAGAAGCUGAUCCAAUUUAAGUCUCUGACACACCUCACUGUGGGAGAGGCCAUCAGCUUCUUCACCAGCGAUGUAAACUACCUGUUUGAAGGAGUGUACUAUGGACCCCUGGCCUUGCUCACCGGCUUCCUGCUGCUGGCCUGCACCAUCGCCUCCUGCCUCACUCUUGGACCCACUGCGUUCAUUGCCACGCUUUGCUACCUCCUGAUUCUGCCACUGGAGGUAUUCCUGACCAGAACGUUUCUGAGGCUACAGAAUCACACUUCCGAGAUCAGCGACCAGCGCAUCUGCUUGACCAGUGAAGUUCUCACCUCCAUUAAGUUGAUUAAAAUGUACACGUGGGAGAAACCAUUUGCAAAAAUCAUUAAAGACCUCAGAAGGAAGGAAAAGAAGCUCUUGCACAAGUGUGGGUUUAUCCAGAGCCUGACCACGGCCAUCCUGUUCAUUGCCCCCACUGUGGCCUUAGUGGCACUGUUCCUUAUCCAUAUAGGCUUAGGGCUGAAACUCACGGCUUCAGUGGCCUUCACCACCGUGGCCACCUUGGCCCCCAUGCGGCUGUCAGUGUUCUUAGCUCCCUUCGCAGUCAAAGGCCUCACAAAUUCCAAGUCUGCAGCGGAGAGGUUCAAGAAAUUUUUCCUCCAGGAGAGCCCUGUGGUAUAUGUCCAGGAAUUGAAAGACCCCAGCAAAUCUCUGGUUUUGGAGGAGGCCACCUUGUCGUGGAGAAAGACUGGCCCUGGGGUCGUCAAUGGAGCCUUGGAGCUGGAGAAGAACGGACACGCUGCUGAGGGCAUGACCAGGGCUCAGCCACCUCCGGGUGCCCUCCCGCCACAGGACAAAGGGGACAGCAGAGCCCCGGAGUUGCACAAGAUAAACCUUGCGGUGUCAAAGGGGACCGUGCUAGGUGUCUGUGGCAACACGGGGAGUGGCAAGACCAGCCUAUUGUCAGCCAUCCUGGGGGAGAUGCACUUGCUAGAGGGCUCGGUGGGGGUGAAUGGAAGCCUGGCCUAUGUCCCCCAGCAGGCCUGGAUCGUCAGAGGGAGCAUCCGGGAGAACAUCCUCAUGGGGAGCCAGUAUGACCAGGCCCGGUACCUCCAGGUGCUCCAUUGCUGCUCCCUGAAGCGUGAUCUGGAAAUCCUACCCUUCGGAGAUAUGACAGAGAUCGGGGAGCAGGGCAUCAACCUCUCCGGGGGACAGAAACAGAGAAUCAGCCUGGCCCGCGCCGUCUACUUUGACCGUGAGCUCUACCUGCUGGACGACCCCCUGUCGGCCGUGGACAUGCAUGUGGGGAAGCACAUCUUUGAGGAGUGCAUUAAGAAGGCGCUCAGGGGGAAGACUGUCGUCCUGGUGACCCACCAGCUGCAGUAUUUAGAGUUUUGUGACCAGAUCAUUUUGCUAGAAGAUGGGAAAAUCCGGGAAAAAGGAAUUCACAGUGAGUUAAUACAGAAAAAGGGGCGAUACGCCCAGCUCAUCCAGAAGAUGCAUGGAAAAGCCACACAGGGUGUGCUGCAGGGCGGAGCAAAGGCGGCAGAAGAGCCACAGGUGGGAAGUCAGGCCCUGAUCCCUUGCCAGGAAGAGCUUCUCAAUGAAAAUGCGGGGCUGGAGAAUCAGCUCACAAAGAAGGAGGAGAUGGAGGAAGGGUCCCUGAAAUGGAGAAUCUAUCACCACUACAUCCAGGCAGCUGGAGGUUAUCUCAUCUCUGCCCUUGUCAUCCUGAUCGUGCUGGUGAUAGUCUUCCUUACAAUGUUCAACUUCUGGUGGCUGAGCUACUGGUUGGAGCAAGGCUCAGGGACCAAUAGCAGCAGAGAAACCAACAGAACCACUGCAGACCCAGGUGACAUCCAGGACAACCCUCAGCUACUCUUUUACCAGCUGGUGUAUGGCCUCAGUGCUCUGCUUAUGGUCUUCAUGGGGAUCUUGUCCUCGGUGUCUUUCACCAAGGUCAUGGGGAAGGCAUCCACCGUUCUGCACAACGAGCUCUUCAACAAGGUGUCCCGCUGCCCUAUGAGUUUCUUUGAUACAACCCCGACAGGCCGACUCCUGAACUGCUUUGCAGGGGACUUGGAUGAGCUGGACCAGUUCCUCCCUAUUGUGGCUGAACAGUCUCUACUCCUGUUCUUCAUGGUGAUCUUCAUCCUACUGAUGGUUGGUUUGCUGUCUCCCUAUAUCCUGCUGAUAGGAGUUGUGUUACUCAUUGUUUGCCUCAUUUUUUAUAGAAUGUUCAAGAGGGCUUCCCAUGUGUUCAAGAGACUGGACCACUAUAGCCGCUCCCCUUUAUUUUCACACAUCCUCACCUGUCUGAACGGCCUAAGCUCCAUCCAUGUCUAUGGGAAAGUGGAAGACUUCAUCAAUGAGUUUAAAAGGCUGGUGGAUGAGCAGAGUAACUACAUGCUGAUGUUUCUGUCUGCCACACGAUGGGUGUCCUUGAGGCUGGAGCUCAUGACCAACCUGUUAACCUUGGUGGUGGUCUUGUUCACGAUUUUCAACAUUUCCUCUGUCCCCUAUGCCUAUAAGGCCAUGGCUAUCAGCAUCGUCCUGCAGUUGGCGACCAACUUCCAGGCCUGUGUCCGGAUUUGUUCAGAGACAGAGGCGUCUUUUACAUCCGUGGAGCGGAUGCUGCAGUACAUGAAGAUAUGUGUCCCUGAAGCUCCUUUGCACCUAGAAGGCGGGAACUGUCCACCUGGGUGGCCACCACGCGGGGAAAUCACAUUCCAGGACUAUCAGAUGAGAUACAGAAAUAACUCGCCUAUUGUCCUCAAGGGCCUCAGCCUGACGAUUCGCAGCCAAGAAGUGGUGGGCAUCGUGGGGAGGACAGGCUCUGGGAAGUCCUCCUUGGGGGUGGCUCUCUUCCGCCUGGUGGAACCCGCCGCAGGGCGCAUCCUUGUCGACGGCGUGGACAUCUGCAGCCUCGGCCUGGAGGACCUGCGGUCCAAGUUCUCGGUUAUCCCUCAAGAUCCUAUCCUGCUGUCAGGGACCAUCAGAUUGAACCUGGACCCCUUUGAUCGCUGCACAGAUGAGCAGAUCUGGGGUGCCUUGGAGAGAACAUCCCUGAGCAAGAAGGUUUCAAAGUUUCCCCAAGGCCUGCAAGCGGAAGUUAUGGAAAACGGCUCGAACUUCUCGGUGGGGGAACGGCAGCUGCUCUGCAUCGCUCGGGCCCUCCUCCGCAGCUCCAAGAUCAUCCUUAUUGAUGAGGCCACAGCCUCCAUCGACUUGGAGACUGAUGCCCUGAUCCAGCACACAAUCCGUGAAUGGUUCCAGGGCUGCACAGUGCUGGUCAUCGCACACCGUGUGUCCACUGUCCUCAGCUGUGACCGUAUCCUGGUCAUGGGCGACGGGAAGGUGGUGGAGUUUGAUAGGCCCGAGGUCCUGCAGAAGAAGCCAGGGUCUGUGUUCGCAGCCCUGCUGGCAACAGCCAAUUCAUCACCGAGCUGAGGAUGGGGACCCCAUGAAGGCGGGUGGCUGAGCCCAUCAUGGCGCACUGGAGUGUGGUGGGGGGCUGCGGUCUGCAACCUCCUUGUGCAGAGAAGGUUCUGGAAAGCAGGGCUGGACUGUGCUCAGGGGUGCUGGUGAUGGGAGGGAAAAGGAUGUUGAGGGAGCAAAACCUGGAAUGGGGCUCUCCAUGGUUCAAUAAGGGUUAAGCUUAUAGUUUUCUGAUUGGUGUUAAAAGUGUGGCAAAUGAUGGACUGAUUUUGUAAAAAAAAAAGUAAAUAAAAGGAAGAAAAAGU